CUAAUGCUUAGCCAGUGGGACGGUAAUAGGUGGUUUUAGAGCAGCAGUUUUUCUGUUGGGGUUUGGAUUCCCUUGUGAGUGUGUAGCGGUUUGGUUUGGAUACCGUCAAACCUCAAGGCACAGCGCUUUGGGUCACUGACUUGUCACUGUAACACGUCAGUCUAAAGAUGGCGGUUCGGGCGCCCAUGUCAGACGACAUGUCGGCAUCGUCGGGACCGAUAGGACUGGUGAACGAUACCACGAGUCGGACACUCGAGGUCGCAUUCAACGUUCUGAGUGGCCUCUUCAAACACAUGCGGUCCAACAGGAAGUUUCGGGACUGCUACGAACAGGGGACGAACGUUGCCGACCUUGUCCGAGUCGUGACGCCGAAUGUUCUACAGUGCCGGCUGCCUUUGGACAUCGGCAAAGACUGGGACGAUUUUGAGGUUUGGACCAGCCGAGACCAAGCCAGCAUUCCCGCCAACCAGGUCCUGUACAAAGUCGCCGAGAACCGGCCCAAACCGGCUCGAUGGACGACGUUCCUUGACGUGGAGCGUUACCUCAACCCGUUAAAGAUCUACACAUGGCUGUUUGGUAUUGUGUCGUCAGCAGUACAGCAUCUCAAACUGAACUUACAGUCCGAUCUACGCUGGGUACGAGACGGUGACGUGCCCAGGCUGCCCUGGUCCCGAGUCGUUGACGUCAUGGUGCGACAGAAGAGACCAGUGGUGAUGUUGUUGAUAGAACGUUACGGCGACUUUCCUACCAUCACAGUUGAACUCAUCACGUCUCUGACGUGUUACGGUUGGCCGGACAGCGCCGUCCCCCUGAACAGACUACCGCUGAGGAUGAAGCACGAAGUAGAGAGAAACGUCAUCGUUUGGCACAUGGAAGCCAGGCAUUAUCCUGGCGUGACGUCUUCGUCGAAGGUCGGAGACGCGUCGGAGAUGAUCGAGGGGCGGAAAUGGGCGAUCUCGACCGACCUGAUCGAGGACCGGCUCACCAAAAGCACCCUGCCCAUGUGGGACUCCGUCAUGCUACAGGUCAACCCCGCUGUCAUCAUGGCGCAUGCGCAGAUCGUGGAUGAGAUCUGCUUUUUGCCACAGAACGUGAUUCGCGCUUGCGUUCUGUGGGAAGACACUGACCUGACCGCCGAUGACGUCGACGAUGACGUUGACGUAAACGUGGGCAGCGCGCAUGACUCCUGGCGUCAUGAAGGAGAACAACUCCAAAACCACCUGACGGAAAGGUAUAACGGUAACCAUGCCAACCACAGCGGCCCUCCCAACUCCUUGACUCGCGUGGAUCUGGGGUUUCUGAGAGCCAGCAGAUGAACGUGCGCGUGCGCAGUGAGUG